UGGGCUGGUUCAACAUCUCAUAUAAGUUCUGAACCUUUAGCUCGCAUUUCUGUCUCCUUCGUCGGCUCGGAGCUACUACAUUAUGCUGAAGUGAACUUUUCUUUCACAAACCAGGAGACAACUCGUCUACAUGGAAAUGGAUUUCCAAAAGGCUCUACUUGAAGUGGGUAAAUCCUUGUCCACUGAUGAGGUGGAAGCACUGUCUUUUCUGUGCACUGACAUCUUGAGCAGAAAACCAGUCACUCUGGAUGGUGCCAGCAACCUCUUCUCCUUACUCAUGAAAGAAGACCGUCUGUCGGCUGGAAACCCACAGCUCCUGGUUGAGCUCCUUCUCACCAUCCAGCGACCUGUUAUUUUGCAGAACAUUAAACUUUCUUUGCCCUCACCCAGCACCCUCAUCUCACCCUACAGGAAGCUGCUGUAUCGCCUGUCGGAACAAAUUACGGAGGAGGAGCUCGGAGACAUGAAGUUCUUGCUAAAGGACAUCCCAAGAAGAAGACUUGAGCAAAAGACUACACUGGGAGUCUUCCUGGAGAUGGAGCACAUGGACCUCAUAAAUGAAUCUAGUCUCGAGUAUCUGGAGACCAUAUUUAAGUCGGUGUGUCCUGUGCUGAAUGAAGAGAUUCGUCUCUUUAGGAAAGAAAUUUGGCAUCCAGAGUCGUCACCUUCGACUGUUAAACCAAGCCAGACCCCGAAACCUUCCUCCAGAACUGAUUUCCAGGGAGAUGAGACUCCACAACUUCUUUCGCAGCCCUCCAUGAAUCCAUCCAACUCCACAAAUGGGGAAAUGGCUUCUUUGGAUACAGUGAAUACAGAAAAGAACAACCCAGAGUCUCAAGAAAAUGAUGAGGUUCUGUGUGAUUAUCCAAUGACUGGGAAGAGAGGAAUCUGUUUGAUAGUGGACAACUUUGAUUUCUCUGAGUCGUACAAAAAUUUAACAAAUACAUUAAGAAAUCGAGAGGGAACCAAGUUUGACAGAGAUGCUCUGAAAGAAGUAUUUGGAUGGUUGGGCUAUGAGGUGGACAUACACGUAGACUAUAAUGCGGAUCAAAUAAAAAGUUUGUUUACCCGCAUCGGCCAACAGGACCACAGCCAGUACGACAGCCUGGUGUGCUGUAUUCUCAGUCAUGGCAUGGAGGGUAAAGUGUAUGGUGUAGAUGGCAAACUUGUUGAGAUCAAAUUGCUGAUAGAGUGCAUCGAUGGAGAGAAUUGCCCGUCCUUAAUUGAAAAACCCAAGAUGCUUUUCAUCCAGGCCUGUCAAGGCUGCAAAGAACAGUAUCCAGUCCAACCAGACGGCAUUGAAGACGAAACAACCCGAAUUUUUGCUGAUGCGAAAAUUGCAGAUCUGAGGAGCCCAGUCAUAGCUGACUUGCUGGUGGGCAUGUCCACGGUUCCUGAUCAUGCCUCCUUCAGAGAUAAAUUCUGUGGCACCUGGUAUAUCCAGUCGUUGUGCAAAAACCUCAUCAAGUGUGUGCCACGGAGGGUUGACCUUGUCUCCAUUCUCACAAAAGUGAACUUCGAUGUUAGCGGGAUGACCGAUUUUAGUCGGAGGAGAAAGCAAAUGCCUCAACCAGCCUUCUCUCUCCGAAAGAGGGUGGUCUUCCCUGUCCCUGAGAAACGCCCACCCGAAAUUGGAGCGCUUACCAAAGACAAUUCCUGAGACAUGCUGGAUUUUUUUUUUUUGUUUCACUGACAGUUUACAAUUUUGAAUCAGAUCCUGAGUUUUGAAGAAUCCGAUUUCUCCGUUCUUUUGUAGGAAUCUCUUUUGAGUUAUAGCUCUUCAAAUGGUAUUAAUAAAGUCCUACUCUCAA